AUGCUUCCGCCAGUCAACAUAUACGCCCGCCAAGCAGACGGUCGAUUUGUGCUGCAAUCAGGCUAUUCUUCGAUCGCAACCAAUGCGGAAAUUGACAUUGUCAGCUUCCUUAUCAAGCGUCUUCCACAGUCCCUGCCAAUAUUGCGCACGAUACAAUUUGGCGAGGGAGUUCGAAACAACACCCUCUUAUGCACCGUCUCGCUGCCGCGUAGUGACAGCCCCAACAUGGUGAAGAACGCAGUGAGCUUCGGGGUCGAAGACGUUUGGGCAAUUGCACUCAUAGACAGAGACAACUACCCUGGCACCGAAAUAUGGCCCUUUUCAUCUCUCGAGCUCCAUGACGGCGUUGGAUCGAGCAUGGACCCCACGCCGCCGAGAAGCACCCCGAAGUUGGACGAGAUCAAUCUGCCGUUCAACUCGAACGUCCUAGACACAGCGACCCGCCAGCUGCUUGCCAUCCUUUCGAAAGUCCCAGAAGCGAGGCACGAAAGGAGUCCGACACAGCCUGGCAAAAACAGUAUCCUUAUCGGCAACGUUCAGGCAACCCUGGCGGCGCUACUGGCGCGAGCGGGGCUGGUGGUCAGAAUGAACGGGCCCUACGGCAAGUACAUAUUCUCCGCCAAAGGUAACCUGGAUUCCGUUGCAGCAGCUCCGGACGGUUCAUCGAAUGGGUUACCUCAAGGGCUGGUGUGGAGCUCUGUAGGGAUGAGCGACCACGCAGACAUUCUAGCCGAGCAUGAGCGCAUGAGCGUGGCGCAACUCAACGAACUCCCUAGCGCGGCGAUCCGUGAAGCAGAUGGGACAGGAGGCGGCAAGGCCAUUGCCUACGCCUUUACGGGGCGAGAUGGGGCCGUCAGUACGCUGUACGUUGCCCCGACGUAUCGAGGCAUGGGUCUUGCCGGAGCUGUUGUUCGACGAUUGCGUGAUAAAGGCGCGCUGGAACCCCCGGUGCUCCGAGAUCAGUCUGACUUGGAGGCCUUAGAGCCGGAGCCAAUCGCAAUGGCUGGAAUUGAGCGUGGUAACGCGCCGAGCAAUGCGACGUUUCGGCGGCUGGGCGCGCAGUGGCGUUGGGAUGUCUACUGGCUGUGGGUGGACCUGGACGCGGUCGAGACUGGGUAUUAUGUAGAUGGCGGCUAUAGCAUAUGUUGA